GUGAUCGAUGCCGUGGUUCCAGCUAAAUAUUUGGACGACAAGACCAUCUGCCACCUUCAGCCCAGCGGUCGCUUCGUCAUUGGAGGACCUCAGGGUGACGCUGGUGUGACAGGCAGGAAGAUCAUUGUAGACACGUACGGAGGGUGGGGCGCUCACGGUGGCGGAGCUUUCUCCGGAAAAGACUUCUCAAAGGUGGACCGCUCUGCUGCCUAUGCUGCUCGCUGGGUUGCCAAGUCUCUGGUCAAAGCCAAACUGUGCAGGAGAGUUCUGGUUCAGGUGUCUUAUGCUAUCGGAGUGGCCAAACCUCUGUCCAUCUCCUUGUUCACCUACGGUUCCUCUCAGAAAACGGAGUCAGAGCUGCUCCAGAUUGUCAACAAGAACUUUGAUCUGCGGCCAGGAGUCAUUGUCAGGGAACUGAACCUGAAGAGGCCGAUCUACCAGCAGACAGCUUCUUAUGGCCACUUUGGUCGACCAGAGUUCACUUGGGAGAUGCCCAAAAAGCUUGUCUUCUAAAUACUCCACCUGCUCGUCCAGAUCGACUCACCUGGAGGCUGAACCAUACGUCUCUUCAUGGGCUACUAACUGCCAGCUCCUUCAAACGAUAGGACAUUUUUCAUUAGGAAGAACAAAAGCCAAAGUUAGUGAUAAGUCAACUUUAAAAAGAUAAGAAGACAAUUAGUGGUUGUAGCCAACAAACAUAUAAUGGGACACUCUACCAAUGAGAAGAGAGACAUUGCAGAGGACAUUACAGUAACUAAUCCCACCCCCGUCCAUAAACAUCCAAUUAUUGGUGCUUUAAAAAUAUACGUACACUCACUAGUCACAGUCCUUAGUAACGUAAAGGAACACUACACCAAAUACAAUCCUCUCAAGAAAGAUACCUCUACCCCACUAGAAGCAGUGUUUUGUCUCAAUGCUGUGAAUGUUCCUUUACUUGAUACGUAUGGUGUACAGAAACAACCUCAGUGCUUCAUUUACAAAAGUUGCUUUUGACAACAGCAAGUGUUUUAUCAGUGACUAUCAUAUAAAUGUCAAAAGUGUAAUUAUAGCUUAACCAAAGGCACGGCUUUAGAAGAAAACUAAAAUUAUUUUCUAAGUCUUAUUUUGUAAUGUGUGCUACGGGAAGCUGUUUGCAAUGUUACAAUCAUCAUCGUAAAACAAGACAGGACAUUAAAACGUGGAGAGAGCUAUUAUCUCUUGAGCAUUUGUUACAAUCAAGCCAUGCACUGUUGUGUAUUCAUACUGCUCUAAUUUUCUGUCAUCCUUUUGGGCUGAUUUGUAUCUGUAUGUCUUCUUUUUUUUUUACCAGCAGACCUGCUGCUGUGACUGAGUCUGUAGAUGUGACCCAUUUAGCAAAUAACUUGAAGUCUCUUCUCUCUUUGCUCUCUGCAGUAGCUUACCAAGCUGCACGCUGUUGAGACAAAAGCAUGUGCACUGGUGUCUUACAAUUGCUGCGUUUCUAUAAUGUUUGAAGCCUAUACUGAUCCUAGUCAAUAUCUGACUAAGAGUAGUUGCAGAUUUCCUUCUAUUUAUAGAUAUUUAGUUAAUGUCGUAUUCAAUGUGAAGUUUUCUCUGCAGCUCUAUAUUGCAGACUGAGAUCCUUCCCUUGGAUUUAUAAGGAAAAAGGGAGUGUUUAUUAAAUUAUGUUUCUCAAGAGGGCAUUUAGAAAAUUUAAUUUUAGGUCAGCUUUCAUCCUUCCUUAAUCACAAAGUAUUUAAUUUCAUUAUUUCCUUCUGAUGGGAUUGAGGAAGUGUCAAGAGUAAUCUUUAAACUUCAUGUCUGUAGGUUUAGGAGUUUGUGAUGACCCGUGAUUUCAUCUACAACCAACAUUGUUUUUGUAAGAGAAGUUUUCCUCUAUUUAAUGUGUUGAUCUGUGUCAUCUUCUGUCAACUCUGUUGGCAGAGAAACUGGACAAUGUAAAUAAUUAAACAAUAAAUUAAAAGGUAAUAACUGUUAUGUGGUGAAAAUAAAAUUGGAUUACAUGAA